UUGACGCAACUUGCAAGAAUUCACUAAAGAGUGUGAUCGGAAGUGCGACCAGGGACUUUUCUCCUUCUUCAUUCUUCCCCUUGUUUGCAUCGAUCCAUGAAAAGAAAAGAAAGCCAAAUCAACAGCCGCCUGCGCCUGCAUGGGUCCUUGGCCAAGUGGGUACGGUAAAAGGGAGCCUGGAGUACUUUUCUGGGCUCGUAGAAGGACACAGAAACGGUGCGCCCAAUUUCAUGGUUCGGUCCAUACACGGAACAUUACGGCCGGGCGGAGUAUGACGGCAGAGAAGGGGGUUAGAGGAACCUGGAAAAGGCGCAGGCGAGAGUUGGUGGUGCACUCUCGCGGAUUGGAUGGGUGGUGUCUGCAUGUGGAUAUUUACUACAACCUUCUGGUAAAAAGUGGUCAUGACUCUCACUCGAAUACUACCACCACCACUACGACGACGGACUACUCACCUCAUCCCAUCGCCCGGGCGGCGGUGGAUAAGGUAUGGUAUGUUACUAUGUGGCACUGUCCGCAGCAAGUGAGUCGCAGGAGACUUCGGGUUGGCCCCGCGGUCAUCCACCAUUACCUAUUCAUUAUUCCAUUACAACUAUCGCAUAUGCCCGCUAGUACUAACUGGAAAGGAUCUUUGGGAAAAGAGAACAGGCCCGGCAGUCAACAAGUCAAGUCACAAGGGGGGCGCGUCGUCUUGCUUCUGGUGGUGCCGAGCCCAACUUAGUGGUACCUAGCGAGUGGCUCUCUUCUCAGUCUCAGCUGUCCUCCGGCGCUCUGCCUAAGGUACGGGGGUGUGUGUGGGUGGGUGGCUUCUUGAGCACCUUGUUCU